AUGACAAAGAAAUUCAUAACAAGUGCCUUACCUUAUGUAAACAAUCAGCCACACCUUGGAAAUGUUAUAGGAAGUGUUCUCAGUGGUGAUGUGUACAGCAGGUAUUGCAAGAAGAAAGGAGAAACGGUUGUGUAUAUAUGUGGAACAGAUGAGUAUGGGACGGCCAUUGAGAUGGAGGCUAUUUCACGAGGAAAGACACCUCAAGAUGUUUGCGAAGAGAAUAGGAAGCUUCACAAGCAGGUUUAUGACUGGUUCAACAUUGAGUUUGACUACUUUGGAUUUACAUCCCUGCCCGCUCAUACCGAAGUGGUACAAGAUCUUUUUAUGAAGAUGUAUAACAAUGGGUAUUUCAGUGAGCAAGAGGUUGAGCAGCUCUACUGUAACACCUGUGUGAUAUUUCUUGCAGACAGAUAUGUUGUUGGAAAGUGCAAGUUUUGUGGGGACCUAAGAGCAAGAGGUGAUCAAUGCGAUGCCUGUGGACACACCUACAACUCUCUUGAGCUUGUGUCGCCUGAAUGCUCCAUAUGCGGCACCACGCCCAUUGUGAAGUCAACUACACAUUUGUUCUUUGACUUGGAGGCAUUCAAGCCACGACUUGAGAAAUUAUAUAAGACGAAUGGACACCUGUGGAGUCAGAAUGCUCAAAACAUAUUCAACCAGUGGAUUUCAAUGGAGUUCUUUCCAAGGUGUAUGACAAGAGACUUAAAGUUCAACUGGGGGGUUCCUGUUCCUUUGAAGAAGUUCGAAGGGAAGGUCUUCUAUGUCUGGUUUGAUGCUCCGAUAGGAUAUCUGACGUUUUUGAAAGAUCUUGUCGGCAAAGACUUUGAGGAAUGGCGUAAGGAAUCUGAGCUUGUACAAUUUAUGGGGAAGGAUAAUGUGUCAUUCCACACAAUAAUAUUCCCAGCAAUGCUCUAUGCAACUGGAGAGGAAUACCCAAUGAUCAAAAGGCUAUCUGCAACUGAGUACCUCAUGUUUGAGAACCAGAAGUUCUCGAAAAGUAGGAAGCAUGGGAUAUUUGGGCUGGACCUUGUUAACGGGAAUCUUGGGAAGUCAUGUGUGUGGAGGUACUAUCUGCUGAAGAUACGUCCUGAAUCAACCAAAGAUUCGAACUUCACUUUCCAUGACUUUCAACAAUCUGUCACAGCGGAUUUGAUUAAUAACCUUGGAAACCUUGUAAACCGAGUGCUGAAAUACAUAGGGUCCAAAUGCAAUUCAAAAGUAUCAUUGCUCGAGCUUAAUGAUAAUGAUAAGAAGUGCAUUGAGGAGGUAAAUGAGCUAUAUCGCAAAUACUUAAGGAAGAUGGAAGAGAUAAAGCUUAGGGAGGGGCUCCAAGUAGUAAUGGAUAUUUCCAGACGUGGAAACGAGUAUAUCCAGGAAGGUAUUCGGAAUGAGGAUAGGAAAAGUCAUUUCUUCUGCCUUGGAUUCAGCAUUAUUGGACUUUUAGGUACCCUCUUGCAUCCUUUCAUGCCUCUUACUUCAUCUGAAAUACUAAAAAUGUGUAAUCUCGAAGAGACAAGGCUUCCAGACCAGAUGAAUAUAAUUGAUGGACACACCAUAGGAAAUAAUAUUUAUCCUGUGUUCAAGAACUUCACGGAUGAACAGCUCGAGGAGAUGAGGAAAUAUGAAGCCUCUAGUGUAUAA